AUGAAAUUUCCAUUUCCAAUUCCUUUCGGAAAUUCCGGGAUGACUCUUCUCUCCAAAUUAAUUAGGACUAAAGAUUUACGAAAACUUCAAGGUGGAGAUCCUAAAAGCACAAAGCCAAAACUUACGAAAUGUCUGACAACUUUGGACCUUACAAGUUUGGGUGUUGGGUCAUGCUGCGGAACUGGUAUGUAUUUAGUUGCUGGAAUGGUUGCUAGAAAUAUUGCGGGUCCAGGGGUUGUAUUCAGUUUCAUUAUUGCUGCUGUAGCAAGCAUCUUUUCAGGCGCAUGUUAUGCUGAAUUCGGUGUUCGAGUACCGCACACUUCUGGAUCAGCAUAUAUGUACUCAUAUGUCACUGUAGGCGAAUUUGUUGCAUUUGUUAUCGGAUGGGAUAUGAUAUUGGAAUAUUUAAUUGGAACGAGUGCUUGUGCAUGUGCUUUAAGCGCCAGCUUUGAUUCUUUACUUGGAGGAUCUAUCACAAGCAGUGUCAAUGAGACAUUUGGAACAAUUUUUGGACGACCUCCCGAUUUGAUUGCUUUUAUUAUCACACUUUUAAUGACUUGCAUACUAGCUUGUGGAGCCAGUAAAUCGGUUAUCUUUAACAAUGUGCUGAACACUAUAAAUCUUGCAACCUGGGUCUUCAUUAUGACAGCUGGUAUGUUCUAUGUUGACACAAGCAACUGGUCAGAACAUGACGGCUUCUUACCUUUUGGAUGGAGUGGAGUUUUCACAGGUGCUGCAACUUGCUUUUAUGCUUUUAUUGGAUUUGAUAUCAUAGCGACAACCGGAGAAGAAGCUCAUAAUCCACAGAAAAGUAUACCAAAAGCAAUUGUUGGAUCGCUUAUCAUUGUUUUGAUAGCUUACGUCAGCAGCAGUUUCAUGUUGACGCUUGUUGUUCCUUAUGACCACAUAGACACUGGUUCAGCAUUACUACAAAUGUGGUCUUACGUCGGGGCUUCAAAAUGUCGGGCUAUCGUUGCUAUAGGUGCAACGGCAGGCCUUUCUGUUGCAAUGUUUGGAUCAAUGUUUCCAAUGCCAAGAGUGAUAUACGCUAUGUCUAUCGAUGGAUUAAUAUUUCGAAAACUAUCUCAACUUUGGGAACGAACCGGUGUUCCUGGUAUAGCAACAAUUUUAAGUGGAAUUGCAGCAGCAUGUGUAGCAUUAGUUAUAAGACUGGAAAUUCUCGUUGAAAUGAUGUCGAUUGGAACACUAUUAGCAUAUACUCUUGUAUCAACUUGUGUAUUGGUGCUCCGGUACCAGCCUCAUAGUACAUCGUUGAUUGAUUUACUACCAGUGCAAAUUAGAACUCCUAUUCCACCUAGCACUCCAGAUCCCACAAAUCAAAAUAGUAAAACAACAAAGAUUAUAACAGUAAGAAAAGUUACGAGAACGUCACCUGAUUCCGAUGAUUCCUUCGUUGAUGACAGUCCUGAAGGAUUAUACUUAGGGAGGGACGAUCAAUUCUUAGUUUCAGACCGCAAUGAAAAUAAAUUUUAUGGAACUGUACAUGGAGCACCACAAGCUGGAACUGUUCCAUUUGAUGCUGUUCCGGGCCUCGGCAUCAUGGGGAGAAAACUUCAUGAGUAUGCUUACCUUUGUCCAGGAUUUUUUCCGUGGAUAAAUCCAGGCCCAGCAACAGAAGAAACUGGAAUGUUUGUUACAAAGCUUGUUGGUCUGAUGUACAUUUGCAUUUUUAGUAUGGACCUUAUGCUUGCUGUUGGUUUCAGUGGAUCUUUCUUUGGAUUGAUUUUUACAUUUCUUAUUGUGUCGUUAAUAUUUAUCCUUCUGGUAAUAUCAAGACAACCGCAAAAUCGCUAUGCCCUCUCAUUUCUCACUCCAGGACUUCCAUUCAUUCCGACAAUUGCUAUCACUGUGAACAUUUAUCUUAUAUUCAAACUUAGCAUUCUAACACUUGUUCGAUUUACUCUCUGGAUGUGCUUAGGUUUAAUCAUGUAUUUCUAUUAUGGAAUUUCUAACAGUUCAUUAGAAAAUCCCACUGAAGAAAUCGAAAUGUCCGAAGAUCAAUCUUGUGUCUCUUCUCUUAAGAGACCGGAUAUGAAUGCUGUAUGGGAUAAUAGACAUGUGUAUGAGAACAAAAUGGCUGAUAAUGAUUGGGCAACGAACGGAAAUACGAAAUGGAGUACUUAUAAUUAUAAAAAUAAUGGUUCUGGAUGGGAAGAGCAAAACGAAACUAUCAACUAUAACACUCAGCCAAUGUAUACAACAACAACAAGUCGUCAACAGCCACCUCAAACACACAAUCAUCGGCCGGUUCCAAAGAAGGAUGGAUUUUCCUCACUUUUCGUAGCAGAAGCAAGUUUUCCAUCCUGGGAGGACUAAGCUAAGUAAUAUAAGUAAUAUUCAUAAUGUCAAAGAAUAUUCUCUAAUUUAUUCAUUCGUACCUAUGUAUCUACUUAUAUUUAUGAAGCCAACUCAUUACAAUCCUAAAAAUUUGAGUUUUAAUGAAGGAUAUAAUAAUAAUAAUGAAGUUUUGAGAUCCACAUUUUAAUGAAUAUUUGAAUAAAUGAUAAAAAAGUUUUCAAGUUAAAGUUCAUAUUUAAAAAAUAAAUGUUUAUUUAUUGAAUAAUCAGAGCAAUAAACUAAUGAAAUAUUGAAAGAAAUGAUGUUGAGUAAGGGUAAAAAGAACACACUUUUAAUAAUUUCAUGAAAUGAAUGUGUCUAUAAUAUUCCCAUUUUAAUGUUGCAUACCUAAGUAUCUACAUUAAAAAUUGUUUUAUGCUCAAUUUAUAGAAAAACGCGUUUUAUCUUCAAACGUAUUUAAUUUUUUUUUUGCGUUUUACCAAAAUUAAAAAUACAAUAAGAUUAUAUGUUUACAUAAAGAUCAAUACUAAAAGAUUUAUGUUAUGUCUCUGAUUUAAGACACGAUUGGUGAAUUUGUUAUUAACUUGAAUUCUAGUUCAUUUUUCACAAGUUAUUUAUUAUCAUUAGGAAGUUCAAAGUUUAUUGGUUGAGCAUUUUAAAGUACUCCCAAAUGGUCUCAGAUUUUUUUUUCCAAAUUUUUGAAUUGACUCUACUCUAUCUGAUUAAUCUCAUCAGUUCUUAAACGAUUAACCACAAAAAUACGAGGCUUUCUCACUCCAAUAGUUGUUUAGAGGUUUUUUUAAGAAUCUUAAUCUAUUUUUGGAGCAACUCUUAUCCCUUCCAUUCUAUCUAAAUUAGUUACUAUAAUUUAUUUUAGCAAUCACCAUAUCUCUAUGACUGUAAACUUGAGAAUAUUCAUACUUGAAAAGGUUCUCUUAAAAAAAGAUAAACCGAAUAUAUCAUAAAUGACAGCGCUGCAUAUGUUACAAUUAUGUGGUUGUUGUGAUAUAAACCUGCAUCAAAACUGAAAGGAAUGCUUCUUUACAAAGCAUUAUAAAUGUAAACGUCGACAAAACAAUUAUUCUUUAUUCUCAUCUACGUGAAAAAAUACAAGAUUAAAAAUAAGGCAGAGUAUCUCUAAGAUUUCAUCAAAUGUUUAAUUUGUUUUCUGAAUAUUUUCUCACAAUAUGCAUUAUGAUAUUGACGAAAGAAAUGAACUGGAUUUUGUGAAUUUUUUAGAAUAUUCACACAUUUAAACAUUCUCAAAUUUUAUUAUUUAAUGUCUGUAAAGAUUUAAGAUUGCGAGACUUAUUUAUUUUUAAUAAGUAGAACUAUGUAAGUUAUAUUUAAAAUAUUCUCUUUUAGUUUACAUCAUAGAUUUAUCAUAGUUAUAACUGUGCGAGAUCAGAUUAUGUCAAAAUUAAAAUUUCUCGUAUUUAAGUACCACAUAAAAAUUAAUAUAAAAAUAUUUGCUU